CCGAGGGCCCAGGGGACGCGCCGCGCGUCCCCGCCACCGGGCCGCCCGGGAGGGAGCGCGGCACUCACCCGCACUAGCGCUCCGCCAUUCUGUUUGCGGAAGUGACGCCCCUACCGCGCGGCGGCAACAGUGGCGACGUCACGUCCGCGGAAGGAGGAAAGGGGGGGCGGGAGCGCGGCGCUGCGCACGCAUAAAACGUGCCUGACGGGGCCUGGCUGCCUAGCCGAGGACAGGACUACGGGCCCCAGGAGGCUGUGCGAGACGGUGAGGGGCGUGCCUGCGCAGCCGGGCCGCGCCGGGCCUCAAGCAGAGUCAUCAAUGUGUUCAAGGCAUAUAUUUGAAAGGUGUAAAACUACUGGAAGAGUUGCAACUCUUUGAAGAUACAAGCCUUACCAUACUUCUCUUGUGUAUCUGGAAAUUAAUAAAGGGGAUCUCAGCCAUACUUCAACAAAAUGCAACGAAGUCUAUUACACACAGCAUCUCAGCUGGUGCAUGGCACAUGUUUGGCUUUUCCUCGCACUAGUAUCUUUCAUUGCUUAAAAGGACAAACGGUGUUGUCUAGUGUUGGAUGCAAAGUGAUUUUAGCACUGGAUCCUCCUAAACAAUGUCUUCAUGCAGGUGUUGCAUGCUUUGCCUCAAAGAAAAGUGCUUUUUCAUCACAGCCAGCAGACACUCCUCGCAAGGUGCCAGAAGAAAGCAAUCCUUUGACUUCGGCUGCUGAUACACCCAAGCCGAGCCCUGUAGAGUCAGAUUCUUCAGAGCCUGAUCCAUUACAAGACAAAUCAAUUAGUCUCGUUCAAAGAUUCAAGAAAACUUUCAAACAGUAUGGAAAAGUCAUGAUUCCGGUCCAUCUUCUGACUUCCACUGUGUGGUUUGGAUCCUUCUACUAUGCAGCCAUAAAAGGAGUGAAUGUUGUUCCGUUCCUAGAGUUGGUGGGCUUACCAGACAGCAUUGUAAGCAUCCUGAAAAAUUCCCAGAGUGGAAAUGCACUAACUGCAUAUGCAUUGUAUAAAAUUGCAACUCCUGCCAGGUAUACUGUGACUUUGGGAGGAACAUCCAUUACUGUUAAAUAUCUACGAAAGCAUGGCUACAUGUCCACACCACCACCGGUAAAGGAAUAUCUACAAGAUAGGAUGGAGGAAACAAAGGAUAAAAUUACAGAGAAGAUGGAAGAAACAAAGGAUAAAAUUACAGAGAAGAUGGAGGAAACAAAGGAUAAAAUUACAGAGAAGAUACAGGAAACUAAAGAUAAAGUCUCAUUUAAAAAAAUUAAGGACUAGGAGAGAUGUUUAAUGUUUUGAUAUAACAAACUUAGCACUUUAACCCUUUGUGAGGCAGGAUAUACAAAAUGUACUUCUGAGCUUUUUUGCCUCUUUCCCCCACCCCUCUUCUGGAGACUACAAUUGCUCUGCAGGUUUAAAAGUUCUGUAUCACCACCAAGGUUAAAAUUCCGUGGGGGUAGAAGUUGUGACAAAGUUUCAAUUUACAGAAGGAAAAGUGAAAUUUGAGAUUAGAAGUUUGUGUAUUGAUUGAUUAUAAUAGUGUUGUUACUCUUCCCUCUUUUUUUUAAUUCUCCUCCCAAACUGAAGAUAGUUUCUUCCAAAAGCCACCACUUUAUUCUUCUUCAAUCGUAGUGCACAGCCGCUGUUCCAUUAGACUGAUUCUUCCAUUAAAUGAGUCUGAAGAUCCUUCUGCUGGGAAAAGCAACGAAUUUUGGUUUGCAGAAUCUGUGGACCCAGGCCUCUUCAGUCAUGAUCAUCUCUUGGCUUGGAGACAAACUGUUAUCACUGAUACUGCACGUGAAGGAAGCAAUGCAUUAGCUGUGCAGUGGGAAUUAAUUGUAAUGGCUACGUUUACUUCAACUGAGCUGAGAGAGCUCACAGGUUGAGACCAUGAAUCUUUCUUGGACAGUAUAUCUCUUCAGAUAUCUCAACUGAAAGCUAUAGGAAGAUGAAUAGACAUAUUUUCAAGUACACAUGGUUUCCUAAUGUUGAUUUACAGUAGAAAGGUAUUAAAUGAAAUUAAUCAGUUAACUGCAUAUUAAGAACUAGAUUUUUUUUAAAGCUAUGUUAAAGUUUACAAGACUGUUCUAUUUUGGUUUUGGAACAAAACAACUCCAAAGAAGUUUACUUGAGGAACUGAUAUACUAAGGGGCUUUUUUAAUACAUGUGAAGUUAAAGUUAAACCCAGAAGUUCCUCCUCCUAUUUGGGAAUCCCUCAGACUUCAAUUAAGACAAUGUAAGUGUAAUUUUUGAGAAAGCGUUCACAUUGUACCAAACUUGCUUCCCCUAGAUUUUCUUAGGUCAAGCAAACACUUAUAGCUGAAGGCUGAAGUUCUGUCUCAGAUGUCAUAAAGGACUAAAACUGAAACCAACGUGUUUGACUGGGCAAACUUCUCACAUCAUUUUGUUCAAUUAUAGGCUGAAUUGAAGUGAUGUUUUUCCUAUUUCCAUUACAGAUCUCACUUUAUAGCAACUUUCUGCAUUAUUGUCUUUUUUUUUUUUUUUAACAAAGGUAGGUUUUCGCAGAGGGGUAUGGGGAGGCAACAGGAGUUGGAGCCUGAGCCCUGUAAUUGACUGGCGUAAAAAAAAUAUAGCUGAUACUUUAUCAGCUCUGCCCCACUCAUGUUUUCAGUCCAGUCUCUGAGGGCCUGUCCAUUUUUGAGUUGUGCAGGACUGAUAAAAUACUUCUGCCUACAUGUCAGAUAAUAACUGCAAGCUAAUGCCUACCUCACAGGGAUGUUGUGAGGAAUAAUCAUUGUAUAUUCAGUGCCCUGAAGACGUAAAGUGCCAUGUUUCUGAUAAAUGUUAUUAAAAAAUUCUGUGAACUCCUGUGCUCUUGGGAUUAACAUUAGUGUAGGAUUGGAGUUAACAGAUACUUUUCUUCCAUCUUUCAGUUCUGGUGUAUUUUUCCUUGCUGUCCCCAUGCACAUGUUCUUCUGAUGCUGGCAUUUAUUUCCAUUUUCACAGCACCCUGCAAAGCCUGAUGUCUGCCUUCAUAAUGCAGCAUGGCUGACCUGUCAGGCUCAGGCAAGUAUGGGAACCUCUUGGUGCAGCUCACAAGAUCCAUCUCUUUGCAUGUGGCAGGGGUAGCACAGAGGCUCCUGGGUGUCUGAGGAUGUGUCUGCAGAUGAGUCUUGGUACCCUGUCCUUUUGCCCUUCUAUGUCCAGCUGGCCUGGGACCACUCCAGCACUUAGCAGGACUAGUGAUGGAUAAUCUUGAGUACCAAAGAUCUCCUAUUACCUAGGUGCAGUGUUUUCCUAUGUGACCAUUUCUGCAUCUACAGGAACAGCUCAUAGUGACUGUUGGCAACUGCCAUAUCUAUGUAGUGUUUGGUUAAUUUUUCAGCAUGAACAGCCUUGAGGAGUUUUUGGGACAGCCCUGUCCUCCACCCAGCAUCUGAACAAAGCACACAAUUAUGUCGAUCACUCACACAAAGCAGGAGAUGAAGUCUUCAAGACUGAGAGUCUGCCCUGGAGAGCUUCUGUGACAAUUAAAUGCUUGGUUUUACAGGUGACCGUGUCUCAAGGUGGCCUCAUUUGGAAUCAAUUCAUUGCCUCGUUAGUGCAGAGAACAGCUGGGACACCUAGGGAGUGAACAGUCUCUGCGUGCCCAGUACAUACUUAUGUUACACAGCAGUUUUAACUUUACCCUAAAGUUGACUUUCAUCUUUGUAUCUCACUUAUAAUUUCUUUUCCCAUAGCUCUUGCAGCAAGAGUAGCGUGCAGUUCUCCUUACCAGGGUGUCCUGCUGCUUGAGUCGGGCAGUGAGUCUGAGCUGUACUCACUGGGUAGCUGCCUUAAGCAAGAGGGGCCUGUGACCAGCACAGGGUCUCUUGCUGGUUACCAAGCCAGCACUGUUGGUACACACUGAAGUGGUAGCACUGUGGCCUGGUAACGCGACAGAGACAAAGUAGUGUCCCAAGAUGCAGCUGGAGCCAAAGUCAAAACAAAUUUUUCUGAUUAUUUCCCCUUCAGGGUGUCAGCUUAGAGCAUUGCUCUGCAUUCAUCCUUGUUCAUCUCUUACUGUCAGCAACAAUAAUAAUUAGAGAAUCAUAAUUAUCUCCUGGCAAUUAUCUGACUGUUUUUAUGAAGAUUAUCUUCUUAAGUGGAAAGAAUACAUCUUGAUUUCGUAAGCCCACAGGUCAACAUGUAGCAUUAAGUUUGGGCUUGAGUUUGAUGAUUGAGCAAUCACAGAGAAGGGACCACAGGGGAGGAUACAAGGGCUUGUUUAGGAGUGGGGAAAAAACAACCCAGACCUAAUACAACAGGAGAAAAAUUUGCUAGAGAAACAUAGUUACAGAAAGAUUUCUAGCUGCUUCUGGGUCUGACCAAAUGGCCAGAAAGAGACUAGACUAGAACCCAGAGGAGACCCUGCCUCAGUCAAAUUCUCCAGCACUGAUUUUAAAAAGUGUUGUUUGGGGAUUUUAUUUUUUUAAAGGUACUGUUUCAAAAAAAAGAGACAAAAAAUAGCCUACAAAUCUGUUCCUUUUUCUAGGCAAAACGGGUAUAAUUGAAAGCUGCUCAGUGCUUUGCAGGCACUGGACGGGAGACAGCCUUGUGACACAGGGCAUCACCGUGAGUGCUGAGGGAGUGUUUGCUCUGCACAGACACGGCAGCGAACGCAGCACUGAUCAAAAGCCAUGGCGUAAUGAUGGCUGUGAUGAUAGUGCCCAUCUCUGAAGGUGAAGCCCCUUUUCUCUAAACCUUGUCCUCCAUUGCCAGUAAGAACAGUCCUCUAUGCGAAGGCAGAGGUUCAGGCAAGCUCCUGUAGCUCAGCACUCUGAGAAAACAGCACAUGGAUGAGCUCAGGGAAAUGACAGUGAGUGCUGCUGGCAAAAUCUCAUUUGCCGCCUCUGGGCUUCAGCGUUCCCCGGGAGUAACUCAUGAACUAUGUGGCAAUAUUGCUGUAUUAGGUGGCUGAGGUAGCUGAAGGACUAAUCUGCUCCAAACACUGUUUUGACAAUGUUGGUUCACCAAUGGGCUAAGUCCAGGUUUAACGUUUAGUACCAGAUUAUAUGGGCCAUGGCUUCCUAAAAUGUAUAAUACAGUAUGAUCUCAUGUUGGUCAAAUAUUCGACAGUUUUUGAGUCAACUCCAUUGGCAGUCCAACUCAUUACAGAAUCAAAUAGUCUAAAUCUUCCUUUUUUAAUCUCCUGCUAAAUCAAGGAUCUUACCUUCUCUUGCAAUCAGAAUAAAGUCAUAAAACUGACGUAAUUUCCACUUGACAAUGCCGUGUUGAAUCCAUCUGA